GACUAACAACAAAAUCCUCUCACCUUUAAAUCACUCUUUUUUUUGUAGUACUCACUAUCAUCAACAAUGGUAGCUCACUCUCUCUCUAUUCUCUCUCCUCUCCCUUCUACGUCAUCUUCUUCUUCUGAGUCUCUCUCUUUCUUUCCUAAAUCUUUCAAACUCUCUCGUCGAAGCCCUAAUUCUUCCUUCCUUUUUUUCUCUCCUCUUCGAACUUCUUCUUCUUCUUUCUCCGUCAAACCGCCAUCAACUUUGUCGGAAGAUGAUUCUGCAUCGCCGGAGAAGUUUCUUCAGAAUAAUUCAAUUGCUGAUUUUAUGAGGUUUCGUAAACGCUCUGAUGGUGGUGAUGGUGAAUUGCAAACUGCUGUUGUUAGUUUUCGUAAGAAGUUUCCUUGGUCAAUCCUUCAACCUUUUCUCAAGGUUGAUUUGGUUUCCACCAUUCACAUUGCAGAUAAAGAAUACUUUGCAAACUUGCAGAAGGAACUUGAACCCUAUGAUUGUGUUCUUUAUGAGAUGGUGGCUAGCCGAGAAAGUUUAGAAAAUCGUCGAAAUACAGCGACUAAAAGGUGGCUUAAAUCUUCACGCUCACGUGGUUUUAACGUUCUCGGAUUCAUUCAAAGACAGAUGGCUCGGAUUCUUAUGCUCGAUUUCCAAUUAGACUGUCUUGAUUACCAGGCAGAGAACUGGUAUCAUGCCGACUUAGACUUUGAGACCUUUAAGACACUUCAGGUGGAAAGAGGUGAAAGUUUUUUCACGUUUGCAAGAGAUAUGACCCUCAAGUCGACAAAAGCCUUAAUACAGCCAGAAAUUCCUGAAAACUUAGACCCUUGGAGAUCCAAGCUUUUGUGGGCAUCCCGUGUACUUCCUAUGCCGCUUGUGGGGCUUUUAAUUAUCGGAGGUAUAUGUACUGAUGUUGGGGGCCAGGUAACAGAAAACCCUGAGCUUGAUGCUUUGUCCAGGCUCGAUUUUGGUGCUGCAAUGAAAGUUUUCCUGGCAAAACGUCUCACAUCAGAGUUCACACAAGUAACAGCAGACGUGGAGGAAAAAUCAGUUAUCAUCGGUGAGAGAAACAAGGCCGCAAUAGAUGCACUUGAAAGGGCAAUGAAAGAAGGCCACAAUAAGAUAGCUAUCCUAUAUGGAGGUGGGCAUAUGCCAGAUUUAGGAAGGAGAUUGAGGGAGGAGUUUGAUUUGGUGCCUACUCAAGUUCAAUGGGUAACGGCCUGGUCAAUAAGGAAACGGGAUCUACGAAUCAGCUCAGUUCCAUUUCUGAAGACCAUGGCUCAGAUAUCCGGCUGGCCAUUAAACAGGUAUCAGACAUUAGCACUCCUUAUCUUUUCCUCUGUCCUUGCGUUGGAUCUUUGGUUUUGGGAGCUGUUCUUUGGAACAGCUGCUAAUUGGGUCUCUCAAGCUGCAGCAGAUGCUACACUUUUUAUAAGCUAUUGAUUGAUAAUGUGAAGUGAUGAUAUGAUGGGGUUUGCAUUGUUGAUAUUAGUGAAUAUGUAAAUAGUUAAAAAAACGAUGUAAUCUCCAGAAGAAAUAGUGACUAUUAUAACCCGAAAACAAAAGCAAUUCAUUUAUACCAUGGAAGCUAAAACAAUAGCAGAAUCUGUCAUUUUUAUUUUAUACCUGUACAAGUACCUGUUUCUACUUAAGUAGCAUCUUUUUAUGUCA